GCUGGACGAAACUAGAUACAAUAAAACUGGAUAGUACCUGAGUCCGACGUUGUGACAUCUUAGAAGACCGUUAGCAGAAACUGUAAAAUGCCCAACUGGAAACGCCUUCUCUGCUGAGCAAUGUCGAAGCUUUUCCCUCCUAAAACCCCACUCAAAACCAGAAAAUCUCUAAUCUACACUAGACCAAUAUCACCUUCAUCUUCAACUUCGUCUUCUUCAUCUUCAUCUUCACCUUCUUCUCCUUUUGCAUCCGAUCUCACCAACACUAUCCUUAACUGUAACAACCCAAAUCAAGCACUCCAAAUCUUCAACCGAGCUUCCCACCAAAUCCACGCAGCCAAGAAACCUUGGGCCUAUUCUGCCAUCAUUCACGUCUUAACCAGGGCCAAACUCUACGUGAAGGCAAGGUGUUUGAUGAAAGACCUCAUUGAAAAUCUCCUACAGACCCGAAAACCCCAUCGCUCCUGUUUGUCUGUUUUCAACGUGCUUAGCCGGUUAGAAACCCCCAAGUUCGCUCCCAAUGUGUUUAGAGUGCUAAUUAUUGCGUUAUCCGAAAUGGGUCUUGUUGAAGAGGUAUGGGUUUAUUGGAAAAUUGGCAAUUUGCCACAAAUGCAGGCUUGCAAUGCACUCUUAGAUGGGUUUGUCAAGAAGGGUAGGUUUGAUUUGAUGUGGGAAGUUUACGGGGAGAUGAUGUUGCGAGGAGCAUCGCCCAGUGUUGUGACUUAUGGCGUAUUGAUUGAUGCGUGUUGUAAUCAGGGAGAUAUUGAUGUUACAGAUAUGCCGAAAGCACGCAUGUUGUUUGAUGAAAUGCUUCAGAUGGGGAUCAAACCGACAGUUGUGAUCUACACGACUGUAAUACGUGGUCUGUGUAACGAGAGCAAGAUGUCUGAAGCAGAAUGUACAUAUAGGAUGAUGAGGGAAUCUGGUGUGCUACCCAAUCUGUAUACUUACAACACUCUAAUGGAUGGGUAUUGCAAAGUGGCCAAUGUGCACAAAGUAAUUGAAUUUUAUCGGGAAAUGCUGGGUCCUGAUUUGCUGCCUAAUGUUGUUACAUUUGGUGUCUUAAUUGAUGCGCUCUGCAAAGCGGGUGAAUUGGUGGCUGCCAGAAAUUAUUUUGUUUAUAUGAUUAAGUUUGGUGUUGUUCCUAAUGUAUUUGUGUAUAAUUGCUUGAUUGACGGCUAUUUUAGUGCGAACAAUCUGUCUGCAGCAAUGGAUAUGUAUGCAGAGAUGAAAAGGCACGAUAUUUCACCUGACGUCUUUACUUAUAGCAUUCUUAUAAAGGGUCUUUGUGCUCUUGGUAGAUUGGAAGAAGCACACGAGUUGUUGGAAAAAAUGAAUAGAGAGGGAAUCCUUGCAAAUUCUGUGACAUACAAUACAAUAAUAAACGGGUACUGCAAAGAAGGCAAUAUGGAGAAGGCUCUGGAGGUAAGCUCUCAAAUGACUGAGAAGGGUAUAGAGCCCAAUUUGCUCACCUUCUCUAUCCUCAUAGAUGGUUACUGCAAGAUAAGGAGAAUGGAUGCCGCCGUGGGAAUUCAUACCGAGAUGGUAAUCAAAGGCUUCGUGCCCGAUGUGGUCUCUUAUACAGCUUUGAUUGGUGGACAUUUUAAAGAUGAUAAUGCAAAAAAAGCUCUCCGGUUGCACAAGGAGACGCUAGAAAGUGGCCUGACACCUAAUGCAUUUACUCUUAGUUGUUUGAUUGAUGGACUAUGCAAGGAGGGAAGAACUAAUGAUGCAAUUAAACUUUUCUUGGAGCAAACUGGAGCUGCCACUACUAAAGGUGAAAUGGCUCACGUGGAGUGUGGCGAUUGUGCUCCAAACCAUGUUAUGUAUACAGCUUUGAUUCAAGCUCUGUGUGAGGAUGGUCGGGUUUUCAAAGCUAGUAAGUUUUUCUCCGACAUGCGUCGUUUUAAUGUGAAAAUGGAUGUGCUCAUUUAUGCACUCAUUAUUCAGGGUCAUUUUCAGGCCAAGCAUAAGUUUGAUGUGUUGAUGUUGCAAGCCGACAUGCUAAAGCUGGGUAUCAUGCCCAAUGCAACCAUAUAUCAGGUCUUGGUUAAAGGUUAUCGAGAGAUCGGAGAUCUUGAAUUAGCUCUCAUUUUGCAUACCGAUGCUUUGGACUAUCAAUGA